CCGGGUAAAGGGUUGCUGUUGUCGUUCCACCACACUUUUGAGCUAAGGAGAGUUUACACGCCGGAGUACAAACUCUCUUUUUUUUCGCGCAUUGGCGUCGCGCAAGUAUGACAGUUAAUUAGCUACCGAGGUCCAAAGAAACGACUGCCACAUUUCUGCUAUAAGAACUGGAAUUACUCAAAGCUGUCACCAUGAAUUCUGUGUUUUCGUCCGUGCGAUCUCUCAUGGAGAUGUUUGACGGCAAAGGACAAGAAUUCAUAAGCGAAAUAGACAAUGUGCACAAUGUGUGGCUGCAGGAGAUCCAGGAAGAAGCCAAUCGAAUGCUCUCCCGGGAUUUUAAUGCUGAACCGGAGUUGAUGCCUAAAACUCCAUCCCAGAAGAAGAACAGUCGCAGGAAACGUGUAUCUUUAGGGCGCCAAGAAGAAAGUCAAACUCGGAGAAGAUUUUCAAAAGGUCGGCGAAGUAACCUGCGCGGCUCUGCUGUCCAAAAACUUGACCUUGUCGAUGAAGAGGACAGUGCCUCUGAGGCUUCGAUUUCUCAAGACAGCAGCACACAGUCCAAACGUCCCACUCGAAAAAAGAAACAGACGAAGGCUCAGGCAGCAGAGGAAGUGAGCCAGCCAGCAAGUGUAAGUGGACCUGAGGAGGUGCAGGACAGUGAGCCCGGGCCGGUGACAGAAGAAGAGAUGAAAGUGGAGCCUGCAGACACUGUCAGCCCCAUCCAGGCUCCACCUGAGAUGGCACUGCCUGAGGUUUUUGUCAGCAUCUCUCCAGCCGACCGUUUGUCUGCUGAGCUGGCUAUAAAGCCCGAGCCCUCUCCUGGCCGCUCUGCCGCGAAGAUCGCGAUAGCUGGGACUCGGCGGUCGAGGCGCAGCUCCGCACGAUGCUCCCUCAAGCUGCGUCACUCUCUGGCCGGUCUGCGGCACAGCAUGACACAGGAGUCCGUCCGCCGUGCUUCACGCCGUUCCAUGGCGAAGAAGAGAGCCGCUGGCACAGAAAACUCCUCAUGCAGCAGCAAUGCUGAAAACACCUGUGAGUCUGAGGCAGAAGCAGCGAGCGAAGAAGUCCUGGUAGAAGCUGUACCUGCAGACGCCGUGGAUAGCGCUGCUCCUGAAAGUCCGGCUCAGUCUCCAGAAGCCAGUAACGCCCUGAGUGUGGAUCCAGCUUAUGAUAGGAUUACUCGCUCAAUGGCUACAAACUCUCCUUUACUGGCUCCAUCCCCACUGUUUGCCCCAAAGCAGACAAUAACAACCGACACUGAGGAGCAGUCAGUCCGGAGGUCAUCCCGCACCCUCAAACGCAAACUCGUAGACGGAGAGGCCAGUCUUGCUAAAAGAGUCACUCCUCCAAAGAGAAGUCAAGCUGCGAUCAAACCCAACAUGAGGUCUUUUCUCCACACUGUCCACAAGAAUCAGAUUCUGAUGAUGACGCCUAAUUCCCUCUCCCGCUCUGCCGUCAUUAAGUCCUUCAUUAAAACCAACACUCCACUCAAGGUCGAUCCUAAGGCAAAAGAGCGCCAGAAAUUAGAGACGCUUAAAAAGAAGCAAGAGCAAGAGGAGGAGAGAAUGAAGAGAAUGGAGGAAGAAAAGAAGAAGAAACAGGAGGAGCUUAAACGGAAGAGGGAUGAGCGGCUGAGGCGAGUGUUUGAAGCCAAAGUCAAAGAAGAACAGAAGGAGGAAGAAAAGAAAAAGAGGAUCGAACAAAAAAUGGCUCAGAUUGUGGAGAAAAGCGAUAAGCGUCAGGCGGAGGAGAAGACCAAGAAGAAGCUGACUCUGAAGCGUCAAGAGGAGCAGGAGCUGAAGAAGAAACAGGAGGAGGAGGCCAAGAGGAAGCUGAUUGAGCAAGCAGAGGAAGAGAAGCGACAGCAGGAGAUCCUCGCCCAGAAGAAGGCUGAGGAAGAGAAGCUGCAGGCUCGUAAACUGGCUGAAGCUCGCAAAGCCCUCGAGCUGGAGCGAGAGAGGCAGCAACAAGCUGCUGCCGCCGCCGCCGCUGAAAGGGCACGGGCGGAAAAAGAGAAGCUGCUCGCUCUCCAGCGCGAAGUGGAGAGAGCCGUGAAAGAGAAGGAGAUGAGGGAGCAGGAGGAGAAGAAAAGGAAGGCGCUGGAGGAAAAAAAGCUGGAGGAGGAGCGGCAGAGGCUGGCGGCCAAUGAGAAAGCUCUCAGAGAGAGAGAAGCUGCCAAGCUGAAAGAGGUCGCUGCCAAACAGAUUUCCGUGGCCCUGAACAGGACUGUGGAUAUCGAACGGUCAGUACUUGCCUCGCCUCAGUCGUCAGUGUUCAAGACUCCUGUGGGGAAAGGUCCUCUCCUGAACGUCACGGUUAACGUGGAAGAGCCCACGUCGCCGCAGUCGUACGUUCUCUCGCCAAGCGGUGGGAAGAAACCUUUGACUAGUUCGGCGGAGAACUACGGGAUGGACCAAAACAGCGACGACUCCACCGAUGACGAGUCGGCGCCGAGGAACCGCAUCCCGUCCUGGGCUCAAGGUGUCAGUCUGCAGCGGGCAGUUAUGAAGCAGUACUUCAACCCCCCUGAUCUGGACACCGUUUUUGGGGAAGUCAUGCCAAUAAAACUGGAAGACAUCUUUUACAAGAAGAAGCCUCGGUAUUUUAAACGCACCAGCUCUGCGGUGUGGCACUCACCUCUAGCGGGAUCCAAGUGAUGUCUGGACUUGGAGACACGCUUACUGCUGUAUCAAGCUGGUCUUUUUUUUUUCUUUUUUUUUUUUAAGUUCUUUUCAAAUAGUUACCUUUUCUUUUUGAAUGUUUUUUACAUGUUGUGUUUUAAAGAUUUAGUCCAAUCUUUUGUCCAAUUUUGUCUUGAUUGUAUAAAAUAUCACUGUUUUCCAUGAGAGAUUAAACUGAUGUCUCUUCAGCACCGAAGCUGUCAAAUUCCAGCAGAUCUUUUUUUUGUCAUGUUCUGAUGGUUCUGGUUUUGGAA